UUAAAAGAAAUGUAAGGGUGAAAUAAUGCCGUCUGCUUUAACAGGAAAUCGAUGAUCACGUGACGACAACAAACUGGCAUGGUACAUCUGUCAGCGUGGUCGUCUAUUGUUGUGUAUAGGAUGAACUAGGAAGAAAUAUGACGAAUAUUUAUUAUCAUAAUGAGAUAAUUAAAGAAUUACCGUCAAAGAUGUAUCGUGGAACAAGGAUGUGAAAAUACCUUUUGAGGAAGACCUGGGAAACGCAAUGAAUCAUAAAUCGGAAGCAAAUGAACAGAAUUUCAACCUAUCUACCACAACAAUACCGUUAUAUAGUGAUUUCGAACCUGGUCCCAGACAGGCAAGCUCUCCUUUAACACCGGAAUCUCCAAAGCAGUUCCUGAACCAUGUUGACCGCGGGGUGUACGUCAUCAAAGAUCUUUCCAAAGAUCCUGUGCCUUUAGUUGAAAGACUACCUUAUACAACGCCAACUCGUCCUCGGGAUAUUUCUUACUCGACACCAGAUGAUAAUCGACUAACGACUCCUGUACAGGAGCAGGGACAGCCAGAAUCUCCUCAUGUGUUUCUGAGUCCUGUAGAUAAAGGAAUCUUUAUUAUCAAUUCAACCUUGGACUCUUCUCAGACGUCUGUUCCACAAAAUAAUGUCGGACAUAUCAAAGACGACAGCAACAAUAAGAAUUCAAACCGAAACAACAGAAGCUUAACGGAAGACGUCAGCAACGAAAACGAGGCUUCCUCCGAAGAAAGAAAACCUCCAGACAGACGCCAGAUAUUUGGCGUUGAUGAGAACGAAGAGCGAGGAAACUGGACAGGGAGGCUGGACUUCCUGUUGUCCAUGCUGGGGUAUUGUGUAGGAUUAGGGAACAUCUGGAGAUUCCCUUACCUCUGUUAUAGAAACGGAGGAGGGGCGUUUCUGUUGCCAUUUAUUAUAAUGAUGUUUUUAGUUGGCAUUCCACUCUUUUAUCUAGAGGCAGCUUUAGGACAGUUCUGUAGUCGCGGGCCAACAACCUGCUGGGAGUUUGCUCCCUUAUUCAAAGGUCUUGGUAUUGCAAUGCUUAUCAUGUCCGGGCUAACCAGUAUUUAUUACAACGUAUUAAUCACGUGGGCGGUGCUCUAUUUCUUCUCUUCCUUCACCAGUGAUCUCCCUUGGAGCACCUGUGAUAAUAAAUGGAACACAAGAGAUUGUAGUUUAAAAUUACCAACAGUUAUUUGUUCACGGAACGAGCAAAAAUUUCCAAACGGAACCUGUUAUUCUCAGAAUGUCUUCAAAGGAAUCUGGAAUGAAAAGAUUUUCAGAAAUAUAACCGGAAGAAGACGCACAUCUCCCACAGAGGAGUACUGGAACAACAAGUUCCUGAGUAUCAGCAGUGGUAUAGACAAUAUGGGAGAACCUAAAUACGAGCUGGCUCUUGGUUUGUUGUUUGCUUGGAUACUAUGUUUUCUCUGCCUUAUGAAGGGAAUCAAAACUACUGGAAAGGUUGUAUAUGUGACAGCAAUUUUUCCGUAUUUAGUGCUUUUUAUUUUAUUUUUUCGUGGAAUUACCCUUGAUGGGGCUGGGAACGGGAUCUAUUUUUAUAUUGUGCCAAAUUUUGAACGCCUGCUUGACGCAAAGGUGUGGCGAGAUGCAGCUGUUCAGAUAUUUUACUCCAUGGGGCCUGGGUGGGGAGGAUUAAUUGCUUUGGCGAGCUACAAUCGAUUCCACAACAAUGUGUUCAGGGAUUCUAUCAUAGUGUCUGUCGGGGAUUGCGUCACAAGUAUUUUUGGCGGUUUUGUCAUCUUUGCUUUCCUUGGUUACAUGGCGUAUAAUAUGAAUGUAGAUGUAGAGGAUGUAGUAACUAAUGGUGCUGGUCUGGCGUUCGUGGUGUACCCUGCGGCUGUGACAAGUCUUCCUCUGCCCACUCUGUGGUCCAUUCUCUUCUUCCUCAUGCUCAUCACGCUAGGCAUUGACAGUCAGUUUGCGAUGUUGGAGAGUGUUCUAACCGGCAUUGUUGACUACUUUCCAUCCUUACGUCCAAAGAAAACCUUAGUUAUCCUGGGUAUCUCCUUUGUUUUCUUUCUCCUGGGACUGCCAAUGACUACACCGGGAGGGAUGUACAUCCUGCAGUUGAUGGACCAUUACGUGGCGUCCUGGUCCCUCCUUAUCGUGGGUCUUAUAGAAAUCCUGGUCAUCAGUUAUGUAUAUGGAAUUAAUCGUUACUUGAAGGAUAUCGAGAUUAUGCUUGGGAGACCACCUUUCAUGUGCUGGAAAAUUUGUUGGAUGUUUGUUAGUCCCGUGAUUAUAUGUGCAAUAUUGCUGUUUGCUUGGAUUGACUAUUCUCCUGUCCAAUACGGUAGCUACUCCUAUCCGGACUGGGCCGAGGCUCUGGGGUGGCUGAUGUCUUUUUUCUCCGUGAUAUUCAUUCCCAUUGUCAUGUUAUACAAAGUCAACAAAGAAGACGAGGCAAAGGGGGCGUGGGAGAAAAUCAAGUUACUGUGUACACCAACUCGUGUGUGGGGCCCCGCCUUGGUCCGCCACCGACAACUUGUGGAUCACGUGGAAGGAUUCGUGGCGGACCCUGAGAGUGAGAGGGCGGGGCACCAGUAUGUCAACUACGGCUACGAUACAUCUGUGGCAAGCCAUUCCACUCCCGAUGUAAGCCGAUAUUCCUGGGCUUCCGGUCACACCCAAACUUCCCAUGUCUCCUAUGAGUCCGCAGUUUGAAAAAUUUGAAAUCCUUAAUCUAUAGUCCCAGAAAAUAUCAAAAUUUGUGCAAUACGACAUGUUUAAUAAUCAAAUACCUGUUUAUUCUCAUAUUCAAAAUAAUCAUUCCAUGUAUUUGUCGAUAUGUACAAUUAUAACAUGUAGUAAUUUUAUUGAUAUACUCAUUUUGUAGUUUUUUUAACAGGUCAGCAAAUGUUGACCAAAUUUUUUAACUGUCUCCAUGUACAAUUUUUACUUAUUU